AGCUCCGGCAGCGCCAGAGCGGCAGCGCAGCAUUCCGCAGGCUCCAGCCCGCCCGAAUCGCGCUCUCCGUCCGCCUGCCAGCAUGAAAGCCUUCAGCCCGGUGCGGUCCGUCAGGAAAACCGGCCUCUCGGAGCACAACCUAGGCAUCUCCCGAAGCAAGACCCCUGUGGAUGACCCCAUGAGCCUGCUGUACAAUAUGAACGACUGCUACUCCAAGCUGAAGGAGCUGGUGCCCAGCAUCCCGCAGAACAAGAAAGUGAGCAAGAUGGAAAUCUUGCAGCACGUCAUCGAUUACAUCCUGGACCUGCAGAUCGCCUUGGACUCGCACCCCAGCAUCGUCAGCCUGCACCACCAGAGACCCGGGCAGAACCCUUCGUCCAGGACUCCUCUGACUACGCUCAACACAGACAUCAGCAUCCUCUCGCUACAGGCGUCCGAGUUCCCUUCAGAGCUCAUGUCAAACGACAGCAAAGCACUUUGUGGCUAAAUCAAACGGUGAGUGCAGUGCGCCUUUUUCCUAAACUUCGGGUAAAAACUGCUUCCCCGAGGAAUGCGAGGUGUGAUGGCAAGUGCUAAAAAUAGGUCUUAAAAGUUGAUUAGGAAAUGCCUUUGUAAUCAGUAAGAAAUGAGAGUAAUAAGUGAGUCUUGAGGUCCUAAGUGUGUGUGUGUCGCUAAGGUUCACCCAGCAGCACAGGCUCCUCUGAUCCUGCUCGCUGCUUAAUGCAAAUUCUUAUCUGUUCUUGGAGCCUUAACCUCCUGGGCCAAAGUGACUGAUUAAGUUGGGAAUCUUGGCACAAUUCCUUGAAUUCUGUGAUGUGGGAUUGUCUGCGCUAUCAGUUAAAUAAGUGACUGCUUUUAAUCAAAUAAUUGCUCUAAGAGGCAGACUGGCGCCUCUGAACACUGCGUUUACAGAGAUCUAAAUAAAGAUUGGACUGAGAAUCCUCUUUCUAGCCUUUCCCUGGAGUGUAUGUUAUUUUUAUGUUCAAUUUGUGCUCUUGAGAGCAAGUGUGUGAGCGUGUAUGUGUUGCAUCUGGACGCCAGGGUUUGCCCAAUCUCUGAGUGUUUGGUUAAAUGUUCAAACUGUGGCUUCCUCUCUGGCGCCAGUCUGUCCGGAUCUCUGCCCUGUUAGCAUUCUCCUAAAUAUGCCUCUUUUCAAUCUCUUGCAGGUGUUCCACUGAUGAGAUUUUUUUUUUUUUCUUUUGCACAAGAAAAUGUCUACAGGAUUUUUUUUUUUUUUUUAAGGUGCUGAAUUUAUUUUUCAGCUGUAUCUGGAGGGGGAAAUCCACGUUCAAGUAAAAGGACCUUUUAAAAUGAAUAAAGAAGAAAAAAUCAAGAUUGAUCUUUAUCCCCACCCCAUUUUUCAACUUGGACUGAACCUAGUUAUUUAUGAAGAGACUCUUAAAUACCCUUUCCCUAGUUGGAAGGCUUCCUUUAUAUACUAUUCCCAACGUGGGGAGCGAAACAAAAAUCUCACAAGGAGUUGCCCAUUUUAAAGCAGACUUUGCCUUUUUUUCCAAAGGUGGAGCGUGAGUACCAGAAGGAUCCAGUGUUCAGUUUUUUAGGAAAGUCUGUGGUCAGAAAUUACCUUUUUGACACAAACCUAGGACUGAAUGCUGUGUAUAUAUUUAUAUAUAAAUAUAUAUAUAUGAGUGAAACCUUGUGAACUCUUUAAUUAGAGUUUUCUUGUAUAGUGGCAGAAAUAUACAUUUCUGCAAAAAGUGUAAUGAUGUACUUAAUCAUGCUAAACUUUUUAUAAAAGUUUAGUUGUAAACUUAACCCUUUUUAUACAAAAUAAAUCAAGUGUGUUUAUUGAACUGAUUGCUUGCUUUAUUCUUUGGGGACCAACUGUUUGCUGGCUUUGAUUUGUGUUGCUUUUGUUGUUUUUUAUUACUUAUACAUUGUUAUGAAUUUAUCAAGUAAAAAUUCAAAUAUGUAGAGGCUAUAAAGAAUAAAAUUACCUGAAGUGAAUAA